GGUGCUGAAGAGACAACUCCGCUCGUCGCUCCUCUCUCCGGGCUCCUCUCCGCUCCGCCGCCCCGCAGCCGGCAGCGGCUCCCCGCACACUGGAUCUCAGAGACUCCGCUGGCCAGACACCGUGUUUUACCGCUCAGCUCCUGAGGACACGGAGGAGAACAGCGAUCCGCACUGUUUACACCUGAGCACAGCCUCAUCUGGAAGAGAUCUCCAGCAAGUCCUGAGGAAACACUGAUGAUAAAUGGCCGUUUCCUCCCGAAGCUGACAGAGUCCUUGCAAUCAGAGACCGGCCAUCAAGCGAAAGCACUCAUCAUGGCAGCCCCCUGCCUCCAGACUGUGCAGCCUGACCCUCACUGCAGACCUUCUCACUGCUGAGGGAAGGAAAGUCUAAAAAAAGUCUCAGAGAAGCUCGCCAGCGAAGGAAAUCACCCAAACCAUGUAGUGCGGCUUUCUCCGAGCCGGGGGGAGGGCCUGCGUUUGAGUUUUCAUUUAUUUUAUUUUUUUCUCCGUUGUGGCCAUUUUUGGAUUCCUGCACGUUUUGCUUUGUGAGCGCAUGCGGCUGCGGACGGUCCAUGUGAGGUGAGGAGAAAGCGACCGAGAGGAAGAGAGAGGAGAAGUGAUCGAGAGGAAGAACGAGUGAAAGGAGGGAAGAGAUGGUUCUCCACACCUCCCCCUACCCCAGUGCCUGUCUGCACUUCCUGGAUGGCCUGUCGUGGAGCCUGGUGUUCCCCUGCUACUGGCUGCUGGACCGGCUGCUGGCCUCCUGCGUGGCCACCUCUCUGGAGAAGCGUCGGCGCUCCCAGGACCCCUGCUCCUUCCUCACCUUGUGUGUGCUGAUCUCCGCCCCCCUCUACCUGCUCCUGCUCCUCGCCUCCCUGCCCUUCGCUCUGCUGGGAUUCCUCCUCUGGGCUCCUCUGCAGGCGGUCCGCCAGCCCUACCUCUACACCUACCACAGACCAGACAAGAACCAGGCGGAGCAGGGCUCGGCCGGGCCCGGGGGCGCCGGGAUCGGGGAGUGGAGGCCCCAGGGCAGGAGCUUCUGCUUCUGCAGUGCCAAUGUUUGCCUCCUGCCUGACUCGCUGGCCAGGUUCAACAACCUGUCAGACACCCAGAGGAGAGCCCGCGAGGUGGGCAAGAGGAUCCGCAACGGUGCCAGUCGACCGCAGAUUAAGAUUUAUAUCGACUCGCCUACCAACACCUCAAUCAGUGCGGCGUCCUUCAGCAGCCUGGCCACAGGUUUCCGGCGUACCUCCUCUCUGGACCAGCGGCCAGACCAAACACAUACCACUAACAGCCCUGCCGACGCUGAGACUGAACCUCUCACCGAGUGCCCAAUCCACCCCUCAGGUGCCACUGACUGUCCCGUCCACCCCUCCACAGCGGAGCAGGGUUCCCCCGAGUGCCCCCUUCACCCAGCCGGGACGGACAGCACCCCAGACUGUCCGCUUCACCCUGCAGGGGCCAACAACAGCUCAGACUGCCCCGUUCACAAUACAGGAGGUACCCCGGACUGUCCCGUGCAUGCCUCAGGGGCUCAGAGCAGUCCAAGCCACCAUGACUGCCCCAUGCACGGGGAGGGGGUCCAGCCUAAACCUUCUCCAGACUGCCCCCUUCAUACCUCAGGGGUUCAGAUUAGCAUCAGUGCGCCAGAGCCAGACCCUCAGGAGGAGGAGGCUGAGACAGGAAAUCACCGGCCUGGAGAGGCGGCAGGAGACACGGGCAGCAUGACCGCCUCACGGGAGUCCCUCGCUCGCUACCACGCAGGCGGCGGGGACGCCGGGAAGGACGGAGGAGGGAUAUCCUCCAACAACACCCUCUCUCACGUCCCGCGCACGUCGAUUUUUAAGCGUCCCGGACGAAAACGCCGCCACGGAGACGAUGGGUUUGACCACGAGAUCUCAGCCUUCUUCCCGGCCAACCUGGAUUUCCUGGCUUUACAGGAAGUGUUCGACCACGAAGCGACGACGAGGCUGCGGCGGCAGUUGCAUCGCUACUUCCCGUACGUACUGAGCGACAUCGGGCGCUACGGCUGGAAAGGCUGCUGCUCCAGGUUCAAGUUCCUCAACAGUGGCUUGCUGUUGGCCAGUCGCUACCCAAUCCUCGAUGCACGGUACGAGUGUUAUCCCAACGGGAGAGGGGAGGACGCCCUGGCUGCCAAGGGAGCGCUGUUUGCCAAGGUUCACAUCGGCACCUCCCACCAGGAGCAGAGGGUGGUGGGAUACCUCACGUGUACACACCUCCACGCCAUAGAAGGCGAUGCAUCGGUGCGCUGUGAGCAGCUGGACCUGCUGCUUCAAUGGGGGGCCGAGUUUCGCCAGUCCUCAUCCCAGCCACCUGAAGGAGAGAAGGUGCUGGAGGACCUGGUGGCCUUCGAUGUGAUCCUGGGGGACCUCAACUUCGACAACUGCUCGUCUGAGGACAAGCUGGAGCAGCAGCAUGCACUCUUCACUCAGUACAAGGACCCCUGUCGCCUGGGGCCCGGGGAAGACAAACCAUGGGC